AUGUGGGAAUCAUGGGCGUUCAAUGUCCGGACGUACAUUAUUUCCAUGAUUUGGCCCGUAACGGCAAUGGAAUACGCCGGCUGCGAGGAGCCGGACGAUUUGGGGUUCGUUCUCACAAUGCUGGGAUACGUCAACCCCUCCGCUGCGGCUGGCCUAUGCGCCGAGCUGCUAAGCGGAUGCAUUCCAAACAAGGUCUCCUACAUAGGCGUAGAGGGAUCUCGCGUUGUGGUGCUGGUUGGACCCUCACACUGGGUUACCGGCAGCUCGGGUCAGUCCAUUGCUGGAGCAAAGCUUCAGGAGCAGUGGACGACCAUUAGGACAAAGCUCCCGGCCAAAACCGGCGAAUACGCGCUGGAGGUCGUGGAGGUUGAAGAGGAGACCUCAGUGGCUGAGCUUCUCCGUACCGUGGUUAGCCAGAAGCUGGCUGACCCGGUACAUGCAGGUGCUCCUGCGGGCGCUAAAGAUGAUAUAUUCAUCAUCUUUACCAAAUGCCUGUGGCUGACCGAAUGGCGUAAGUCCGAAAACACGUAUGGUCCCAGCCCCGAUGCGGGUAGGAUCAUCGAUGAAAACAUCGAUGCCAUGAAGGGGUUCGCCAAUAAGGGCGGCCGGAGCCAGGCACCGACGAUAGUCUUGUCGGGUCCUGGUAUCGUUUGGCAUGGAACAGCCAUGCAGGAGGUCGCAACUACGUUUUUCAUGAAGUGCCGCGACGCCGGUUUCCCAGCCUACCCAUCCAAUGCGAUGUGGUUCGGCUGCUCAAAGAAGAGCCUAAACGGCGGCGUUGUCGGUAUCGAAAGAGGCGGACACCAGUUUAUGGGUCUUGUCUCGGCGUUCACCGACCUGGUAUGUGUGCUGAGGCGAGAGUACUCGAUGAGUGAUGAGGUCCGGGAAGCCCUGGCCAUCGCUCUGGAUUUCAUGGUAGAACAUGAUUAUCUGAUGAAACCGUCGGAGUCAUACCUGAGCGCUGCGAAGCAGUGCGGAGUCAGAGCAGGCCUCACACCGGUGGACCGGUGGUCCUCAUCUGAGGAUGCGCCAUGGGCGGAGGUUCCGCCGCGGAAGGCAGUGAAGAGUCCCCCGGCUAGCCUGUCUGAGCCGGCGAAGCCUAGCCAGACAGAGCCGUCACCUAAGCAUGGGGGCAGCGUUCCAGAUGUCGCUGGUGGGGAUAAUCCUCAGCCAGAGGACAGCGCCCCAUCCCUGUCGACCGAUGCGUCGAUGGGGAUGGCUUCUCAUCCCGAAGCAUCCAGACCCGCUGGUCAGGAUGCACAGCCCGCACCGGCGGAUGCAGGUGGGGCCAAAGGGGCUUCACCCAGCCAAGGCGCUGCGGGUGGCGGCAAUGAUGGGGACGGCAAUGGGGCGGAGGGAGAUUCCCCUACCUCCCCUGCCGAUGAGCUACCGGGCCGCGACGAUCCUAUGGAUGGGAGCGGGACUGGUGGAGGUGGUGGACCCAAUCCGCCCGAUGGCGACGAUGAUCCGUCUGAACCCGGGGACCAUGAAUCUGGCCCGGAGUCGGAGUAUUAUGCGCCCGCUGAAAGCGCGGAUGCUUGCAUCGUUGUGCAUUACCUGUUCCGAAGAGCCGGUUACCCGCCCGCGUUGGCGGCGUGGAGGAACGGGGCCUGGCCAAGGCGCCUUCUUUACCCUAAUCAGGCUAACUCUAUAGAGGAUGCCCUCGCUCUUACUCUGUGGCAAGGGCUGUCAGAGGAUCAGUUUUUCCAGCUGCUGGACAAUGCUUCAGCAACUGAUCGUCGUUUCGGCGAAUACGACUGGGAUUUCCUGUCAAAGGCCAUUCUGUCUGACACGAUGAAUGCCGAUGAUCAGCCGAAUUCGAACCAGAUCUCCGCCGACGUAUUCCGCGGUCGGGAGAUCCGUUUGGGGCUCACUCUGCCUGACUCCCAAAGCGGAGAUGAUGAGCUCAGCGCGCAGGACGCAACGUGGAACGUUGAGUACUGCGACUUUUACAAGGCCGCCGCGAAUCUGUGGCGUGCGAGGUCCUGCGUAAUUGACCCGGAACCGGCGCCCAAGGCGGAGCCGGCUCCCAAGGCCCUAAGCGGCUUGUUGGAUGUGACACUGAUCAGCGAUGUACGGGAGCGUGAUCGGGAUAUUUCCGAUGACGUCGAUCUGGAUGCUCUGGGCGAGCCGCCCAGGGAGUACGUCUCGGAUGAGGAUCACGAGAGUCACGUAGAUGAUGAUGGGAUGGGCCCAUAUGUGGACAAGUUCUCAUCAAUGGGCGACCGCGACCUAGUGCCCUCAAAGCAGGUGGCGACCUGGGCGGGUUCUCUUGCGAAGGAGAACCCAGCGUACCCUCCAGUCGAGCUCCUAAUACGGCCGAUGGGAGCAGCGGAGGUCCCUUAUACGGGAUACGUGCUGCUGACGAUGGCCGAGUAUCGGUCCGCCCUCAAAACGAGGUGCAUCCGGAGGCCCGGCAAAUUCGCCAUCACAGUUUUCCCCAUGCGACCUGAGCAGGUGGUCAGCUGUAUGAUCUCCGGUUUGCGCUGUGCGCCGCACCUUGUGCACAAUCCCAAUGCGGAUGUUGUGCAAGUUGCGUUUCAGGAGGUUGCAAAGGUCACCUCGAAGGACGGAUAUUUGGUUCCGCUGUAUGGCCUAGGCGCCUCACGCGCGGACAUCAUUAUGUCAUUGGUUCAGGCUGAGCGACGCCUCGCGGACUUCAAUAGUGAGGUGUGCAUCGCCGCAGCAAGGCAGUCACUCUCGGCGGCUUCUAUGGCCGCUGGUGAUCUGCAUCCACCUGCACCGCUGCUGCUGAUGGUGAUGGUGCUCAUCAAGGUGCCGAGGAAGUUGCUCCACCUGAAGCGGCCCUCCCGCGGACUGCAGUCGAAGACGGCGGCCAAAAUGGACCGCGGCCAUGGCCGAGUUCGCCAGGAAGAUCCCGACAGAGACGAGAACGACGCACCUCCGCUCCGUCCAGAGGACGAGGGAGGCUUCUACGCAGCUUGGGACCCCGCUAUCUAUAGUGCUUUGAAGUAUUCCAUCGUUCGAAUUAGCACUGUGGAUCGGGGCGUCGACAUGGACAAGCCCUACGAGGACGCCGGGAUCCAAGAGUCUGUCGGCAGUGGCUUCUUGGUAGAUGAUAACACUACGAUGAAGACGGAGGACGACUACACGAUCGUUACCAAUGCCCACGUUGUCCGCGGAUCUGAGAAGGUGCGGGUGCAGUUUCCCUCCUUGGGCCGGCACUUGUUCGAUGCCACGGCGCCCGUCAUUUGCUUCCAGUUCGACUUGGCGAUCGUCAAGUUGAAGGAUCCCUUGGAGCUCAAGGAGAAGCUUAAGAAGGCGAACGUCACGCUUUCCCUGUUGAAGCUUCAGGCGCAGAAUGUGAAGAUGGGCAUGCGAGUGGCAGCCCUGGGCUUUCCACUAGGCAGCCAAUGGCUGAAGCUGAGUGAAGGGGUGGUCUCUGGGGCAGAGGUUGUUGAAGACAACAUGGUCUACCAGAGCACCGCCCCAAUCAGCCCGGGCAACAGCGGGGGCCCACUGCUGGUCUUCCGAGAUCGUCUCAUGCGCUCCGAGCCCCGCAGUGAGGAGGGCAUGUCCAACGCGAUUUUGGACACCGUGGUGGGCGUGAACUUUGCCUCCUCUGCCUCCAAGUCGGCCCAGAACCUGAAUUACGCGGUGCCGGCCUUUCGCAUUGUGCAAGUCCUGCAUGCCUAUUCCCGCAUGACCCGAAUGAGCGAAGAAGACUGCGACUGCGACCACAAGCUCGAUCAGUUCGGGCGUGGGAACAGGCACCACAUGGAGUUCCGCAUCGCACCAGUGGGUGUGGUUUACACCCAGGCGACUCAGGCCCAUCUUCGAAAGCUUGGGUGCCGUGGGGGCGUGCCGUUGGACCGGUUUAUGCCUUUCUCCCUGUUCCGCUGGGCGCGCCCCCCCAUCCCGGUGGGCAGCUUCCUCAUGAAGGUGGAUGACACCGAGUUGGACACCUUCGGCAUGGGCAAGCGCUUCGAGUACAUGCAGCAAUACGUGAGCUUCAAAGAUUUGCUGACCUUCCGUGAGCACUUGGACGAUGACGUCACAGUUCUCACCUGCAUGGAUGGGAAGCAGACGGAGCACACCCUCAGCCUGAAAUGGAACAGCAGCCGCUUUGAGGGGGGCAUUCGGUAUUUGUACGAGCCGAACUAUGACGACAGCGCGAAGGACUACGAGUGGUUUGCUGGGCUCACCAUGGUGCAGCUCACCCUGAACCAUGUGGAUUCGUGGAUCCAAGCGUAUGGCGGAGAAACGCUGGGCCGAUUCUACUUGGAGGAGAACACCUUGGAGCCCAAGGUGGCCAUCACCAGCUGCGCCAGCGGCUUCAGCUGCGAGGAGAUCGUGGGCACCGGCAUGAUCGUGGAGAGCGUCAACGGCUGUGCGGUAUCCACGCUGGCAGACAUCCGGCGCUGCUUUCUGCCAAAGAUUGAGACCUGGCAGUUGGUCACGGAUCGGGGUGUCAUACUCACUGUGGAUUUCGUCGAGGAAUUGACUCAGACGGUGCGACUCGUACACGAGGACCUCAGCCUCCUCAGCAAGGCGGUACGAGACGCCGCGCUGGCGCUGAGCAACGGCUCCGAGACGCAGGCCAAUGCAUCCUCCAAGGGCAAAGCCAACCGGACGAAGAAGGGGAAUGAGAGCGAGAGUGGCGACAACUCGGACUCCAAGCGCGUGGGGGAGCAGGCGGAUGCCGAGGAUUACCUCCAGGCUGAACAAGCCAAGAAGCAGAGAAAUGCGAUGAAGAGAAGACAUCAGGCGUCGCGUGCUGCGCAGCCAGGGGAGAAGCCAAGAGCGCAGACGCAAGGUGCGGAUCAAGGGAACCAGACGGAGAAGGUCCACAAGCACAAGAAGCACAAGCACAAGAAGCACAAGAAGCACCACCUGCCAGAAGAUGGGAAGGAUUUGGAUGCGCCACCCGAAGUGCAACAGGUGAGGCAGAAGCUGAAAGAGAAGUAUCAGUUCGAGGUGACGCCAGAUGCCGGCGCACGGCCAUUCCAGGCUGAGAGCGGCGAUGCCUGA